AAAAAGCUAGAAACUGUGAAGCUGAAGUUAUUUUGAAAAAGACUUCUCCAACAAAGUAACUGAACUCGCUCGACAUAAAACCUCCUGUACUUGGAGAAGUCGUCCACUCACUCCGUCCGUAUAAGCACUCACAAAGACUCAAACCACUUGAGACUUUCAAACUCCACUAACAGCAAAAUGGCACCUACACCUUGCGUUCGGUGUCAGAACAACCGAGCUGUUGUAAAGCGACCCAAGAACCAUCAUAAGCUAUGCCGAGACUGCUUCAUCAGAGUGUUCGAGGAUGAAGUCCAUCACACAAUCACAUCAUCGGACCUCUUCUUUCGGGGUGAAAGAGUUGCUAUUGGUGCUUCAGGUGGCAAGGAUUCAACAGUGCUGGCAUCUGUAAUGAAAACCUUGAACGAACGACACAACUAUGGACUUGAUCUAGUACUUUUGAGUGUCGACGAGGGCAUCAAGGGAUAUCGGGACGAUUCCUUAGAGACAGUCAAGCGAAAUGCUAUUCAAUACGACAUGCCCCUGGAAAUUGUUGGUUACGACGAACUGUACGGAUGGACCAUGGACCAAGUUGUCGAGACUAUCGGAAAGAAGGGAAACUGCACAUAUUGUGGUGUUUUCAGACGACAGGCUCUGGACCGAGGAGCCAAGAAACUGGCCAUUCAGCAUGUCAUCACUGGUCACAACGCUGACGAUGUUGCCGAAACCGUUCUCAUGAAUUUAUUACGAGGCGAUAUGCCACGGUUAUCUCGAAGUACCAGCAUUGUUACCGGAAACGCAAGCAGUGAGGUCAAGAGAAGCAAGCCUCUCAAGUAUGCAUACGAAAAGGAGAUCGUACUUUACGCACAUCACAAGAAGCUGGACUAUUUCAGCACAGAGUGUAUUUACAGCCCCGAGGCUUUCCGAGGAACAGCACGUGGACUUAUCAAGAAUCUGGAGAAGGUACGGCCAAGUGCAAUUCUCGACAUUGUACGAAGUGGAGAGGACAUGGCUCGACUUACACCAGACAAGGGCCAAGCUGCGUGUGGCUGCGACGAAGGCGAGGGACUUGGAGGUUGCGGAUCAGCCAACGGGCGGACUUCUGGUAACGAGAUGGCCCAGGUCGAGGCCAGCCUAAAGAAAAAGCACGGGUCUACAGCUCUCGAGACAGAGAUCACAUCCAAUGGAACACCCAAGGACGACGCAGUUCCCUUGCCAAUAAGGACUAAGAAGCAAAAGGAGACACCUGCACCAAAGCAGAAUUUAGGAAAGUGUGUUAAGUGUGGCUACAUGUCGAGUCAGACCAUGUGCCAGGCUUGCACGUUGUUGGAGGGUCUGAAUAAGAAUAGAGCAGAGAUAGCGAUAUAAUGAAUACCCCUGCUGUCAAAACCAAUAUUUCUAUCAUUCCAUUACACCAUGGCUCGAACAAAGUACUUUGUUUGAAAUUGUUUUAUUCUUUCUCUUAGCCACUGUCCAUCCGUCUCAUAGGCUUCAAUGCCUUGCUACUAGUACCCCGAAUAUGUGUGUUUACAGUUGCAGUUUUGGGCUGUCGUCUCUGGUUAUUUGCCCUCGGUUCCAUAUUGCUGUUUAAGAAAAGCGUGUCUCCAACUGUUUGAUCGAAUUAAUGCUUGAACCACUCCGG